UCCUGGAUUUCUGUAUGCGGGUAUAAUUUGAUUGAGUUUGCUCCGAUUCAGAGUACAUCUGAUCUCACGACAUAACCCCCUCCAACAUUAGGGUUUUAGAGAACGGAAUCCAAAACCUCAGAAAGAAGAAAUUUCACAAUCGACGAUGGCUUCUACGUUCCUGCGAAACUUACGCCUGUGUCAUAUUUACUAUUCCUUCAAUUCUCAAUUGAAUUCCUCUAAAUUUCGCAGUCUUCCUGCAAAAAUACUCGGGAGUUCAACACUUACUUCAAUGUCGCCGGAAAUUGUCGUCGACGAUCAAUACAGAUUGUUGCGUGCUUUUUCGAUGAAUCAUCGUUUUUUUUGCUCCAAUGCCACUAGUCCUAGCGUCAAGCCAGCGUCAAGCUCAAAUGUAGACGCCGCGCCGUCUAGUGUGUCGGGGGAGGGUAAUUCCGGAAGUAGGAAUGGAGGGGAUAAUUCCGGUGGAUCAGAGGGUGCUUCUCAGCAAGGGAAGCCUGUCCGAGGAGGGCCUGUUUCAUGGAUGAGUUUCUUUUUGCUUCUUUGCACCGGAGGUGGAUUGGUGUUCUACUACGACAGGGAAAAGAAGCGGCAUAUUGAAGGGAUAAAUAAUGCUUCAAAUGCAGUAAGACAGGGACCUUCUGUUGGAAAGGCAGCUAUUGGAGGUCCAUUUAACCUCAUUGACCAUAAUGGGAAAUCCGUGACGGAUAAGGACUUUUUGGGAAAAUGGAAUUUAAUCUAUUUUGGAUUCACCCACUGCCCUGAUAUAUGCCCGGACGAGCUACAAAAGCUUGCAUCAGCAAUUGAUAAAAUAAAAGAAAAUUCUGGAUUGGAAGUAGUGCCAGUCUUCAUUUCAGUUGAUCCAGAAAGAGAUACAGUUGAACAAGUUCGUGAAUAUGUCAAAGAAUUCCACCCAAAGUUAAUUGGCCUCACUGGUUCCCCUGAUGAAAUCAAGAAUGCAGCACGUGCUUAUCGUGUAUACUAUAUGAAGACAGAAGAAGAAGGUUCAGACUAUCUUGUCGAUCACUCUAUAGUCAUGUACUUGAUGGAUCCAAAUAUGCAAUUUGUGAAGUUCUUUGGGAAGAAUGUUGAUGCUACUUCACUUGCAGAUGGAGUAAUUCAGGAGAUAAAGCAGCACAAAAAACUCAAAGCAUAGAGGCGUGUUGCAUUUUUCUUCUCCAAAAACUUCAAAUUCUCAAGUUUUAAGCCAGAAUUUUGGACUAAGAUGUUUUUUCAGCAAGUAACAAUUUUUAUGUUGUAGCAUAUGCUGUCUAGCAAAGCACAACAAGAGUCGAGCAAUAUAUCCUUAAGUUGAACGUCUGUUGCUUAGCGUCUGCAUCUUGAAUGCCAAUUGAAGCCUCAGCCAAAACCGCAGUUUUGGUCAACAGGGCAAGUAAUGAUCUGCUUGAGAAUGCAAAUAGUUUGAAGCUCUUACAAAUUCUUCAGUUUUUAUCUGAUGAUGGGAAGUCCAGUUUGAGUUUAGCUUGGGUGCGUAUUCAACACUAACAAUUCAAGACAUGUAUUGAUUACUCUCUGUUUCUACA